AUGGGGCCCCCAGCUCGCCCUUUCAGGGCACUGCGUCACCGCAGAUCCUUGAUCCGAACAAAACUGAUGCGAUUGACUCUUUCAGCCUCACGCCGACUCCUCAUAUUUCUUUGGCUCGACCAAGGCCGAAGUCUAUCCGCAACUUCUGGAUCAAACAAGGGGUCUCGUCUCCGGACAGCGCAAUUGGGUAAGUUCUAUCCCCAGCGGUCCAACCUCUCCAAUGUCUCCUCCCUCCUCUGGCACGCCUUUGCUACCCUCCCCUCGCCGUCUUCCUCCGUGAACUGGGCUGGCUUCUAUAUCCGCGAUGACAAAUUCCCCACCCUCGCCUCUCCCGUACAAUCACCCCCUCUCCUCGGCGGCCAAGUGAUCAUCUCCACGACAUAUGCGUCUAUGGACGAGGAGCAGACCUUACUGUUGGGUCCGUUUCACGGCAAGCCCGCUUGUCAGAUGAUCAAGUUCGGAAAGGGAGUAUGCGGCACUGCAGCUGCGAAGCAGGAAACCCUUAUUGUUGCCGAUGUGGAGAAAUUCCCCGGACACAUUGCUUGCGACGCGGAAAGCAAGAGCGAGAUCGUCGUUCCUAUCAUCGUCAAUGGACAGACCGUGGCCAUCAUCGACAUCGACUGCACCGAGCCCUCCGGCUUCGACGAUGAAGACAAGAUAUACCUCGAGGAAUUGGCAGAGAUCCUGGCCGAAAGCUGCGAUUGGUAA